ACCUGCCCUCCUUCUCCUACCUUCCCCAUCACGAUAAGUGCGCGCCUGCCCAGAGUCUGGCGCUGCCAUUCGUGUGGCAGCUGCCAGCAAGCAAAGUGUGUGGCUGGUGCUCUGUAAUCAGAGCUUUUAAGCCACUGUUGUCUUGAUGAAAAGAAAAUUGUAUGUUUUGUACAGGUAAGAGAAAUACGGGCCCUGCUUCCAGACAUCAUGGAGACCCAGCAGUUUGCCAACACGCCCGUUACUCUGAAGGUGCUGAACAUCUUCAGAAAUGUAAUGCGCCAUCUGGGGAAGAGGCAUGCCAGUCCCAUUGCUCUGGAGCUGGCUGAGAAGAUUCUGCCUCUUUUUAAUCAUGUAUCAAGUGAAGUACGAGAGUGUUCCAUCCGCCUCUUCAAAGAUUUAAUGGACGCUGUGCUGUGGUAUAAGAAGGGAAACAUUAAGGAGACCGUCCACAGUGUCCUGCUGCCUCUGCUGUUUCACAUGAGUGACGAGACCCCGAGCGUAGCACAGGUACAAAUGACAGACCUGACCAGUAUGCAGGCGAGGGUGUGCCGACACCUCAGCGGUGGCAGCGAUGGGAACGGAGAGUGAGUUCAGCAAGAACUCAAAUGCUGGGAAGUGUGUCUGUG